AACCCACAAAAUCCAUAAUCCCCAUUAAAGCCUCCCUCUCUCCGUCCCAAUAAGAAUCCCCGUUUCUCACUCACCACCCCUUCAUGUUUUCUCUCUCUACAAGCCCCUGGAGAGAGUUGCAUCAUUCAAUUUCACAAAAGUUCUUUCUUUUUGCCGAUUGAUUUCUCUAAUUCCCUCACCUUCUUCUUCUUGUUCUUCCUCUGUCAUCUUCAUCAUCCCACACUUUUUUCUCUUCUCUAUUUUCAUUGCAAAUCUCAAUAUCUCUGCAGACCAAAAAAUUGAAUCUUUCCUAUCUGGGCGUUUCAGUUUCUUGUUUAUUAACUCUGAAUUUGAUCGGGUUUAAUAAAGUAAAUUAGGCAGAAAAGGAAUGUACUGCCUGCAAAAGAAGUUUCCUAUGGAUUGUCUGAUUUCCCCUGUUUUUAAUUGAUUUCAUUUUUAAUGAAACUCCAACAAUCCAGCUCAUUUUGAUCCGGAUGUUCUUUUAAUUUAUUCACCUAAUCCAAAUCUAAUAAAUCCAUUUCUGUUUUGAUUGUUUUGGGGUUUGUGGGUUUGUUGGUGGGUGAGAUUUUGUGUUUGGGAUUGGAAUUUCGGAUGAAAUGGGUUGCGGGACCUCCAGGCAAAGGCGGUGCCGGCAAUGCAACGCACCGUAUUCUCCGGUUCAGAGGUGCUAUUCAGUGAACGUCCACCACCCGGCGGAGCGCCGCGGCGAUGGUUACCAUGUGGUGGCAUUGAAGUCGUCCACGUUGGGGACGCUCAAGAUAGAUACAAACAAGAAGAAGAAUCACAUUGAUGGUGGGUGCGGUGUUGUCGGUAAUGGGAAUCGUCACGAGGGAAAUAGUAAAAUCAAUGGCGACGUACAGGACCCAGAUGAGAAGAGAAAAGGGCUUCCGGCAGAGGUUAUUGAGGCGAAAGUUUGGUCGAAGAUGAUAGAAGAGAAAAUCCCAAAAGUAGUGCCGAAAACGCCGGUCAGAACUCCUCCCGGUGAGCCAGAGACGAUAAACGCAUGGGAAUUGAUGGAGGGUCUGGAAGAUGUCAGUCCACUCCGAUCGCCAAAUCAUUUGCGAUGUUUCUCUUUCGAUGUAGUCAGGAGUCCGUCGCCGGUUCCAUGCCAUCACGAGAAAUCAAAAAACCCGGAGAGCGGCAAGGUGUCACCAACACCCAUGUGGCUUCAAAUGGGUGAUGACGAUCAGAAUUACUCGAGCCCGGAAUUUGAUCCGGAAGUCAUUGCAUCGUUCAAGGAAUCCCUCCAAGAGCUUUCCCCGGAAAACCCAUUCCAUCUCCGGCAGCUCCCGCCUGAGAAUGAGAAAGUACACAAAAUCAACGGCUUCCAAUCUGAUCGGAAAGGUGGCAGGAAGACAGUUAUCUUCUACUUCACGAGUCUCCGAGGGAUCCGAAAAACAUACGAAGAUUGCUGCCAUGUCAGGAUGAUCCUAAAAGGCUUAGGCAUCCGUGUCGACGAACGAGACGUCUCUAUGCAUUCCGGCUUCAAGGAAGAGCUGAAAGAGCUAAUGGGAGAUGGGUUCAGGGCCGGUUUGCCAAGGGUGUUCGUGGGAAACAAGUACAUUGGCGGAGCUGAGGAGAUACAGCGGCUGCACGAGGAAGGUCAGCUAGAAAAGCUCCUUGAAGGGUGUGAAACGGUGGAUGACGGGGACAGAGGCAGUGGAGGAGCUUGCGAGGCUUGUGGGGAUAUCCGGUUUGUUCCCUGUGAAACCUGUUCCGGAAGCUGCAAGGUAUUCUACGAAGGAGAUGAGGAGGAAGAACAAGAGGACGAAGGUGAGUAUGGCUUCCAACGAUGUCCUGAUUGUAAUGAAAAUGGAUUAAUACGGUGUCCAGUUUGCUGCUAUUAGGCUAUAAACAGUUCUCAGAAAAGAAGAUAAAAAAAAUUAAUCCUUUUUGAUCUUUUGAUUUUUGUUCUUUAUUUUCCUGGGUUGUUUGAUGUACAGUAUAGUAAGAACCAAGAGGUUUCUGGAGGUUUAAAAAACAGAGGAAAACAGGGGAUAAUAUGUUAUAAAUGAUUAAUGGCUGUAUACAGAGGAAACAGGGGAGUAUGUUUCUUUGUAAAACAGAGACUGUUGUAUACCCAAAUUCCUUCAUUUACCAUGAAGAACAUACAUAGCCUAAACAUCCAUUUUUAGCUUGUUUGUUCUCCUCUUUCUUCUUUAAUCUUGCACAUUAUGCACUUUCUUUUUCUUGGGUUUAACUCAUGCAAAGAAAACGAACUCAAAUGA